AUGAAGCUGACUACGGCUAUUUCGGUACUGUUAGCGAGUACAGCAUUAUUCAGCAGCGGCAGCGAAGCAUUGCCUGCACCAAACAACAGUGGCAAAAAGAUCGUCGUACCAUUACACACGAACGCACACUUUCGACCCAAUCCGUCCGUUUCCGUUCGUAAAGCACACUUUCGAUACUCAAAAUUUUUGGAUGCGCCCGAUAAAGCCAGCAAAGCUCCAUUCGCUAGCAAAAUCAGUGUCGGCAAUGGCAAACAAGUUGGUGACAUCGCAUUGAAGGAUAUCCAGAAUGAUGUCCAAUAUGUGGCAACCGUUGAAGUCGGUACUCCUCCUCAAAAACUUGAUUUGAACCCUGAUACUGGAUCGGCCGAUCUUUGGUUGAUUUCUACCUUGUGCAAAAAAUGUGAUGACUAUAAUACGAAAUUCGACCCCAAGAAAUCUACUACGUAUAAAGGUCCUGUCGGUGAAGAGUCUACAAGCACUAAAAAAGAAUGGAACAUACGAUAUGGUGACGGAUCCACAGCAGGCGGUUACGUGGGCUACGAUGUCGUCAAUUUAGGCGGCCUCCCCAUCGAAAAUCAAGCGAUUGAGCUGGCCACACAUGAGACACAAAUGGACAACGUUGUUCAUGGUAUCAUGGGUCUUGCCUUUCCUCAAUUAUGCACCGUUGACGGCAUAAAAACUCCUUUAGAAAAUCUUCAAGAACAAGGUCUUAUUAAAGACACGAUCUUUAGUUUCUGGCUUGGCAAAUACCAACAUGGCGGUGGCGGUGAACUCAUUUUCGGUGGCUAUAAUAAAGCUCGCUUUGAAGGCAAACUGACACAAGUUCCUGUUCGGAAUAUCCAAGGUUACUGGGGCAUUACGGUCAACCACGGUCGCGUUGGCAAUCAAUUGAUUCCCUGGAGAGGCGUCCAAAGCACUCUAUCGAACGAUAAGGUUGAGGGCAGUGGCAGAAUCGUAGACAAUCUUAUACCCAACGUUGUACCCCUAUUGCCUGCUAUUCUCGAUACUGGCACUACAUUGAUGAUUUUCCCUCCCGGCUUGGCCGAGUUGGUGGCUUCACAUUAUGAUGCAACACCUCAAGAAGAUGGCACGUACAUAAUCAACUGCGACCUCAACAACCUUCCAGAAUUCACAUUGAAUAUCGGCGGCUCCGACUUUACGGUGCCAUCGGAGUCCAUGAUCUAUUACAGUUUCGGCAACGGAACGUGUAUUGCGGGUUUCGCAAAGGCGAAUUUCCCUUUUGCUAUCCUCGGCGACGUGUUCUUAAAGAACGUAUACAGUGUAUUCGACUUUGGAUCCCAGCCAUCGGUCUACUUGGCGAAAGCAACACCAGCCUAAGCAGGCCAAUAGAAAAAACCUACUACGCAUAUACCAGUUUUGUGUUUUGUCCUUCUUUGUGUUUUUCUCAAGAGAGUAAUACUUUUCUAUAAUAUAUUCCAUUCUCCAUUUGAUUCCAUCACCCCUCUACAGUAGCACUUCUUCUAGUUAAUAUGUUGGCUGUAA